GCAUUUCUUCGUCGAACGUUGAAGUGAAUAUACUGGUAAUCGUCUAUACGCUUCGUAUUUCUUUAAAAUCACAUAUUUUCCAAAAUGACUUCGGGACAACCAUUUAUUUAUUAUGUGGGCCAAGCUUCCACACUAUUCUUUUACUUGAUGAUUUUAAUGUUUUAUGUCUUUGUGUCGAAUUACACACCUCCGGGUAAAGCAACCGGAGAAAUGAGAGUUGUAGACGAUUACUGGUACAUGUUUAUCACAGUUUGGAACUUCGCUGCGCAGAUAUUCUUCUUGGGCACCGCCGUUUGUGACAUAUUACUAAGAGCUUGGCACGGCCCCUCGGAACUACAAAGAUUUGUCCACAAAACUCGAAGCUACAUAUUCCACGCCUACGUAGUGCCGAUGACUCUAUUGACCGUUUCGGUGUUCUGGUGUCUCUAUCACUACGACAGGAGUCUCAUUUAUGCCGAGCCUCUGGAUGUGUUAGUGCCCAAUUGGCUAAAUCACACCUUACACACCACCAUAAUCAUACCCAUCAUCGUUGAGUUUUUGUUGCCCAAACACGAAGGCUUCAUCUCUGCGAAGACGGCGGUCAUCGGUAUAACAAUUUUAAUGGUCAUCUAUCAGGCUCUUCAUGACUGGAUUUAUCACUCAACUGGAAUAUUUUUGUAUCCGUUUUACAAGGGAAUGGGAUUUGGAACCAGAUUAAUUUGCAUCUUCUUCUUAUACAUUCUAACUUGUGCCUUUGCUGUAUUUGGCGUGUACGUUCAAGACCUCAAGAAGCCGAGUUCAUCAGGAAGACGCAGCAGAGCACAGAGACAGAGAGAAAGAGUCCAUCCGCACAACGAGUAAUUGGACUGAGUUUUAUCUUUUAUUUGCGUAUGCAUUUUUUAAACGAAUUCAAUUUUUAAACUGUGUAUUAUAUUGUGAUAUUUGUUUGUUUGUCGACUCCCGGAGACGGGCAUAUUAUUGAUUACCUGUAUGUAUUAUAUUUCAAAUUUUGAUUGACGACUUCCAAUUGUUGUAAAUUGUAAUAGACUAGCUUACAUUUUGUACUUUUAGACGAUUUUAAAAAAUAAAUGUUUUGAAGGAA